AACUUUUAUGACAUUGACAAAAAGUAAAACCGAGACAUUUUGUGAUUUUUAUUAAUUUUUGAUAAAUUCUAAAAAUAUUUACUAAAGCCAGUGAAUUGUUUCUCUAUGUUCAUAAAUGCUGCCUAUCAUUAUUUAAAAGUGUUUCCUUGAUUUGGUUCUCAUGAUUCUUUCGUCAUGGGUUGUUUAACUUGGAUUCGAGGCCUCAAAAUUGCAUUUCCUUUCAAGGAUAAGGAAUUGAAUAAAAUUGCCGCAUUCUUCAAUACCUGUACAUUUCUACUAACCUGCGCAGCAGUGGUGCAGCCGAGUUGGUUUAGAAUAAAAGGACUCCAUUGUACACAAAGUCUAUCACUCACACAGUUCUUCACUUUCGAUGAUGACGGUGAAGAAUCACAGAUAGCGAUACACCAGAAUAAUGAAUUUGAUGUAAUGAGCGGGUCAGAUUUUAAUGGUCUCCCGCCUUGUACAACCCCAGAAAUUAUCACACUGAUGCGAAUCUUAAUUCUCCUGUGCUUCAUGGUUUUACUGUGCUCAUGUAUUGGCGUAUUAAUAAACAUCACCAGUCUGAACAGCAGAGCCAUUAAGAUGUUAAGACGGAAUGCGGUACCUAGCAUUAUAUGCGUUUUCUGGGUCAUUGCUAUAGUGGGUGUGUGUUAUUACACCACUGUUGUGCUUGGUAAUGCUAAUAGCAGCGAUCCAAACACAAUACAAGUCGAUUAUGAAUACGGAUUUUAUACUAUCACUGGAGCUGGUUGCAUGGCGCUUCUCGCGUCCGCCGCAAACCUAUGGGGGGCGCCACUGACCACGGACGAGGAUUUACAAAGACGUAACCUCAUUGAUGAUUGGGACGGUUACGAAGCCCACAGUGUUGGGCCCACGCCCUCCGUCCCAACUCUGCCCCCAUACACCCCGAGUAUUAAUUACACCCCAAGCCCCAAUUAUUCCGCCCAUCCCACUUUCGCACCACCAGUUUUAGGCUCUCAACAGUAUUUCCCAUUUGAUGACCUAUCUGCCUUACCCCCACCACCUCCUUACACCCCUUAGGGGGUUAAAUGUAUAACUGUCCGACAAUAAGCUAUUUGAGAUAUGUCUAUGUGGUUAAUUUUUGGUAAUUUCAUAUUUAAUUAUAACUGAGUGGAAGAUAUGCUACAUAUUCUAUUAAAUUAUAUGAAUUAUUGGGCCUGUACGAUUAUGUAUAGCUUUGAAUUGUUAUUUAUGCGUAAAUAUUGAACUUUCAAUAUUUAUCUGUUGUCAAUUUGCUUUUAAUUUUCUAUUGGAUCGAUUCUAGGCAUAGACAUGGCAGUCACGAAUUUUUGUGGUCUCGAACAUAUCUUUCACUUAUGUAUACAGGAAAUAAUUACAAUGUCAAGCGUUUACUGUAUUUGUUUGAAAUAUUGGGAAAAUUACAAAGAAAAUAAUUAAAAGAAUGUGUUAAAAUCAAUAUUGUGAUAAAAAGUACUCAAUUUCAUACGAUAUAGUGAACGCCUAAUAUACAAUAAUAUAAAAAAUAACGUUUAAUUUUGCUAGAACACAUUCAUUUAUAUAUCUUCAGUAACAACGAGAAGCAAUAAAAAGCCUUUUAGCAUAGAUAUAGUAUAUCAAAGAAUAUGUGAUAUAAUCCUAGAUACUAGCAUCUUCUGUAAGUUGAAACUCUUGCUUUUUACAUAUGUACAUGUGUAAUAAUUGCAGUGCAUUACAAUUUCGUAUAAAUUAUUUUGAUUAUAUUAUGUACUUUUGAAGCAUAUCAAUUGCCUAUCUCAGAUCCGAAUGUUACGGUCUUAAAUUAAUACUAGAGAUAUAUUUAUAAAAGUGUAGUCAUAUUUUGUGAGGUUGUGAAAUUACUCAUUUAAAAUUUUACAUUGGCGUUAAAAAAAUUAUAUAGCUUGUGCCAUUUGAACACAGGUGAACUGAAACAUUAUUGCAAUGUUUAAAAUCGUAAUUGCAUAUUACAUUUCUCUGAGGGUUGAUGAUUAUUUUUAACAACUCUCUUAAAACAUAUCUCUUGCAAACUAUUUCUUUAUACACAGAUUUUCAAGAUACAAGAAUAUAAUUAAUAAAAAAGUAAAGCAUACAUGGCCUUAUCGUUUAAUGUAUAUUCUUUUAAAAAUAAUAGUAUGGCUUUUUGAUACAGCAUAAUAUUAAAGCUCCAAACAUCCAGUCUCCUUUAAAAGUAUUUUCUAGAGUUGGUAUAACAUUUAUUUUAAUGUAGUCCUUAGUAUGCCAAGUUUGUUUCUAAUGAUAUCAUAAUUUUUAUUUAAUUAUUUUUUUAGGAUUUAAGCGAUAGAACAGUGCAGUAUAUUUUUUGUAUAUUGAGUAACUUGGAUUGUGGUAAAUAAUUUUAUUUUUGUCAUACACUGGUAUAUGGGGUUUUCUUUGUUUAAAGGACCAAACUUCGUUUUUCUAUUGUACUUCUCACAAAGUUUUAACUAAACUUUACACUCUUAAUCGGUUGUCGACUCGAAUUUUAACCAUCGUUCAUUUAAUGUAUACAAAUUAAUUAAUUGUGCACACUACAAUAUUUCAUUGUUACUGUAUAAUGCUUUUGGGUCAUAACUUAUGUGACAAACGGUGGGGUAAUUAAAAAAUAUAGUUUUUUACAGUUAUAUGGUAUGUAAUUGUCAUAAUUGUUAAUAUUUGUAUGCUUUCAUUAUAGCAAAUAAUUUUAUGAUCUAAAAAUUUCCGUAUUUUAAGAUUUACCAACGAUGUCAUUGGUUUGUUUUUACCCUGAUGCAUUACACAUAUAAAUCUCGUAUAAUUGUAAAAUACCGAAUCAGCCCGAUAAGUGUUCAUAAAGUGAUCUGAAAUUGAAACUCAAAAUUAUAUAUAUGUACCUAAUAGAAGUAUGUUAUCGUAAAUUCUGGUGUAUAUGUUGUGUUACCAAAAAUAUAAUCUUGUUAUUACUAUAGCAUUAUUUGUUAAUGUGUACAUUGUUUAGAAUAAGUAUACCUAGUUAUUACUAGUUAGCCAAU